CGCUGUUUACGACAAUUGCGUUACGGCCUAACGCGCUCUAGAGGUUACUUGGAUGAUACUGCGUUUAGGUUGCAGGUGGCCUUUCUGCAAUAUCUUUGAUCUAGGUUUCUGAAAUACAGUGGUAUGGCUUGUCGACUGGUCUCAGUGUCUUUCGGGAGACUUGUCAAUCGAAGAUUUCACUGACACGACGGUUCCUGUAGGGAAUCUCAGGUUUCUACAAAUUUAACCUUCCUUCUACACAGCUCGUUCACCGGAGCUGAAACAGGCCGUUGAUUGGAUCCACUGGAUUGGAGUACAUACUAACUAUCUGGAAGUGAGCGUGGAGAUCCAAUUAGUUUGUGCUAGCUCAUAUAAUGUAUUGGAUAGUUCUUGCUAUGAAUUGUGAAAACUUCAUGAUCGUCUGCAAAUAAAAACUUGUGCUCUUGAUGUCACUCGUUCUCGUACUCAUUCCUCUCCCUGAACCAACUUCCUCGCAGGCUUAAAAAACUCUUACCAGCAGCUGGCUGUCGAAUUCUUCCGUUUGACGUGGUGAUAAGCUGUGCUACCUUGUGGGUGGGAGAGAAAUCACUGAUGAUUCCUAAUAACUUACCCCCUGCAGAUAGCAAGUCAGUUGUGAAAGUCACAGCACUUGAGAAUAUAUCGUUGACUGAUGAUCAACCGAAUAAGCAAUCUGCAAUUAAAAUGCAUCUACGGUUGAAGUAAUAACAUGUUUUUACAUCUUAUGAAGAAUUCACUGUUUCAUUUUUAUCAGUCCGUAGGCUCUCCUGAAGCCAUGCAGAGAAAUACAUGUAUUCCAAGUGCAACAACUCUUUUCUGCACUACCACAUCUUCAUAACGAAAUUACCUUCACCUAUCAGCAAAUUCCGAAUGCCGAUACCGGAUGCUAUACCUUUGGCCAAUAUUCAACACAAACUUCUAACUAUUUACACAGAUUCUGCUCCGAAUUCAUUAUCAGAGCUAAACUAUCCUAAUUUAUCAAAUCCCGUUGUUGACUUUGAACAUGACGGUACAAGUAACUGGACUUCUAAUUCUGAGACUGUUGGUCAUUCUCUCGUGAAUUUUGAGGUUUCUGAAACUGAAACUUGUGCAAGUAAUUUAUCCGAUGAUUUUCAUGCGCUUCCGGAUUACUUCUUACAUAAUGCAGUUUAUUUACCGGCGACCUUUCCGAAUUCUUCAACCUGUUAUACAGAACAAGGAAAUGUUAAUAGCUAUGGAGACUCUGCAUCACAGAAUUUGAUGUGGCCGUUUGAAGAGGUUCGUGGUCCAGUGAAUGUUAUGCCAGAAUUAUUGCAUGAUACAAAAUUCCUGCCCGAUGUUCAUUUGAACUACCAAAAAGGUAGCGUUCCAGGAAACGAUGCUUAUGUUUCACUUCCAGCUUACAUGGAUGUCUCCAGAAUUUCGCAACCAUCAAAUGGAUUAGAGUGUGAAAAUACAGUGCCAUAUGAUGUACAUGGACUGAUAGAAUUUCCGAAAGAAGCCAUUGUUUAUAAUACGGCUCAGAGCUUCGCAUCACAACUGGAAGUAACUUCAAGUUUCAUCCCUGUAAAUGAUUUUACUAGUGAGCAGAAAAAUACCGUACUGUCUUUGCAGAAUUCUUCCUUUGAAAACUAUGCCUAUAAUUCUUGUAACUAUUUAGAAGAGGCUCCAAAUUUCUAUAUGGACUCAUCUGUUUGUAUUCAUACUGUAGGACCAUAUAAUACCGGUGAUGAGAGUUAUCAUGUGGAUGGAUAUGGUCUACACUCAGCACCAUUGGGUUCAUAUGAGGUAGUUGAUCAAACCACUAAGUGUCCAAGCUAUGAUUUUGUCCCAGUAAAUCAUCAUGGUUAUACUUACUACGACUCUUCAGAAGCUGCCUAUUACAACACUUUAUCUGAAGGACUAAGUGGUCCUUUAGUUUAUUCAAACUUCCCUCCCAAUAAUUUUGAAAAUCAACAGCCUGAUUAUUAUGCUGACGCUACUAUAUUCGUCUCAAACUUUCCAGACUCACUAAUCUCACAGGAGAAUAAACGUGUAUCUGCCUAUUUAAUACCUGAAAGCAACCGUGGUUCGUGUCUAGAACAAGGCGAUAAUUAUGCAGAACCUGCCGUGCAUGUUCCUUUCUCUACACCUUUUGAACUCAAAGAUGUGGAUAGUUUUCACUGCAGUGACUCACUGCAACGCACCCAAGCACACGAGAUGCCUUUAGCAACUAUUUUGCCCGACGGAGAGCAGCAACUGCAUAGUGUUUCUACUAUCUUUACACGUAACAAUAAAGAUACUGACGUGGUUCCUCAUGAACGAGAAUAUCGAACUGUGGAACACGUUGCAGCUAGCUGUCAACCUAAAAACACUUCUGUUUCACCGAAUAGUAACAAAAUUCUUGGGAAGUCAUUGUGGAGUUGUACUCAUUGUUCAUUACGUUUCACACGCCCCAGUCAUUUGGUAGACCAUCUACGCAUUCAUACAGGUGAACGUCCCUUCAAGUGUGUUCUCUGUGGACGGGAGUUCACGCAAGCCUCCAACCUUCGCCGGCAUCUGUCAAGCCAUAAGGCCUGGCCUGCGUCAUCCUCAUGUAUAACUACUACCAUACCUAAGAAACCUCCCAGUUCCGAGAUAAUGUCCGAAAAUACUGAAGGCGUUGAGAAUCCCACUUUAUCGCGCCUGCUUCAUCGAAAAGCAUGGAUAUGUCGGUUUUGUGAUCAAAGAUUCGAUACAUAUUCGCAACUUCGUGCUCAUAUGGUGCGUCAUAAAGACAAACAGGUUUAUGCCUGCGUUUUCCAUGAAUGCAAAUCCUGUUUCAUAUCUCCAAAUAAUUUGUUACAGCAUUUGAUGGAAAAACAUCAGUUCUACAAAAAGGAUGGACCUACAUGUGAAACUUGUGGUCAACAUUUCCUAGGUGAUUUGGUCUAUGAUGUUUUUUUUGAAUUCUAUGUACCGGUUAGACUACCUGAGAUAACUUUCAUAGGUGUGCUCACACAAAAGUUAAGUAGAAUUCGAACUGGAGCUCUUCGGGUAUUAGUCUCUUCUAGAAUGAGAUGA